AUGUUUCAAUUAUCUCGUUAUGUAGAAAUUAAACUCAGCUAUGUUGACUCUGAAUUUAUGGUGUAUUUCGCUAAAGAAAACUCAACAAGAAGGCCUGUGGAAUUAAAAAUAUAAAAUUCUCAAAAUUUCCACUACCAAUAACACUUUUUAAGCAUGGAAGUGAAAUUGCUUCUGAAAUUAAAAGGAAUAAAGGGAAUACCAGAGUUAAUCGAUUAUGGAUAUUCAUCAAAUUAAAAGUAACAAUAUUUAUAUUUUGAAAAGGUUCUACCUAGUCUCUGAAUAAACAGGGCACAGUUUGUAAUAAUAUAUAAAUGCAAAAAAGUAACUAGGUGCAACUACCAUUAUUUAUAUCGGAUAAUAGCUUCUUGAUAUACUACAAAGUAUUCAUGCUCUUAAUGUUUACCAUACAAACCUCGCCCCUUAAAAUAUAUCUUUCUUAAAAAAUUAAGUUUAUUUACAUGGAUUUUAUUUCAACCACUUGGAUGAUAGGGAAAAAAUAAUGCUUAAAGAAAAGAGAUUUUUAAGUAAAUAGCUAACUCAUAGUUAUCCUGUAUCAUUUAAGGAUGAUUUAGAGAGUUUAGGGUAUUUACUUAUGUAUCUAGUUGAUUGUAAUAAAUUUUAAAUAAUUAUCAGAUGAACUAAAUAAGAAUGAAAAUGGAAAUUAAGCAUCGAAUCAAACUAGAAUUUUCUUUAGAAAUUACUUUGAAUUGCUUCCAAAAUUAUCAUCAACAACUCCGCCUUAUUUAUAUUUAAAAAAAAUAAUUUAUAGAAUUGUUACAUAAUGCUUAAGUGAUGAUAAUAAAAUUAAAACUAAUUAAACUUCAAAAAAAUUAGCUUUAAAAUAAAAUAGAAACUAAACUAAUAAAUUAAGCAUCAUUAAAGAAGAUGAUUUAGAAAACAUUGUAUCCAAGCAUUUUGUGAAAAUUAAUGUCCCUACUUCUUACAAAGAUAAAAUGAAUUUAUCUAAUGAUUUAGAAAAUAGUAUGAAUUAAACUUGUGAGAUUUCAGAAGAAUAAUGCUAAAUUUCAGAAAUGAUUUAAAAUCUUCACAAUUAAAGUAUAAGGGCAAGAUCAAUAGCUUCACUUUUUCAAUAUAAAUUAUGA